AUGCGUCUAAUCAUUCGAGACACUCAAGACAAAGCAGCACAAUACAUCGCUGAUUACAUAAUUAAACGAAUCAAUGCCUUUGCGCCCACAGCAGAACGACCCUUCGUCCUCGGCCUGCCCACCGGCAGCAGCCCUUUAGGCAUAUACAAAGCCCUCAUUGAAGCAUACACCCAAGGCAAAAUAUCGUUUCGCAAUGUGGUCACGUUCAACAUGGACGAGUACGUGGGACUGCCGCGCGAACACCCGGAAUCGUAUCACUCGUUCAUGUUUUCGAACUUUUUCAGUCAUGUCGAUAUUGAUUCGAAGAAUGUUAAUAUAUUAAACGGGAAUGCGCCGGAUCUGCGCGAAGAGUGUAUUUCGUACGAAGCAAAGAUUAAGGCUCUUGGGGGAAUCGAGCUGUUUCUGGGCGGAGUUGGUAGUGAUGGACAUAUUGCAUUCAACGAACCUGGCUCGAGUCUGGCUAGUCGCACUCGAAUCAAGUCUCUGGCUCACGAAACUAUUGUUGCCAAUGCGCGGUUUUUUAAUAAUGAUUUGGGCCUGGUGCCGCGCAUGGCGCUCACGGUUGGUGUGCAGACCAUCAUGGAUGCGAAGGAAGUGAUUAUCAUUGCAUCGGGAACUGCAAAGGCACCGGCUAUCCAGCAAGCAAUUGAAGGAGGUGUCAGCCACCUGUGUACAUUAUCAUGUCUGCAGCUCCAUCCUUGCAGUAUGGUCGUCGUGGACGAGGAUGCCACGAUGGAGCUCAAAGUUAAGACGGUAAAGGUAAAACAGACCAUUGUCAUACUAGUAUGA